AUGCUGAACGAUCGUGAGGCUGGGACCCAAUUCAAAGUGUGGGACAUGCAAGAUCUCGAUGCGAUUCCAUUCUGGAAUAAAGGCCGAGCCAUCUUAAUUGGGGACGCAGCCCAUGCAAUGACUCCAAUGCAAGGUCAAGGAGGCAAUAUGGCCAUUGAAGAUGCUAAAGCAUUUACGUUGUUUGGACCAGAAGUGACCGCGAAUGAGGUUCCCGAUAUCCUGUCCAAGAUUGACAGCAUUCGUCGACCACGCACCAAGGUCGUCCUUGAAAGCACACGUCAGACAAUGCCGAACACCAAGAUGGCAGACCGCGUGGAACGGAUGGAUUUCAUCAACAGUUACAAUGGUAUCCGCCGUGCACUGGAUGAGCUAGAGACGGCGAACAGGCUGGAAGUAGCAGCGAGUAAGAUGUAG